UACUAAACACCACCACCACCAUUUUGUGCAACAUGACAAGAUACGGAUUGGACUAUUUCAAUUCCUCGGACAUUGACGACGACGAUUCCAACUGUUCUUACUAUGAAAUGUCGACCGAGAAACACAUGGUACCACCGACCUUCCUCGAGUCGACCAUCCUACCGGUCGUGUGCUGCAGCGGCAUCAUUGGCAUCAUCCUAACGGUGAUUGUCCUGAGCCGGAAGACGAUGUGCACGUCAACGAACUGCUACCUCGUCGCACUGGCCAUCGCUGACCUGCUCUUCCUGCUCAUCCUGUCCGUACAGAUCCUCCUGGGCAAAGUCAACCGCACUGAUGGCUACACCAUCGACUCCAGCGUCUACAUCAUCUUCAACCACUACUCCAGCAUCUUCAUGAACGCCUCGCACCUGACAUCAGUGUGGGUGACGGUGAUGCUGGCCGUGGAGCGUUACAUCGCCAUCUGCCACCCGCUGCGAGCCAUGGCCAUCUGCAACAUGAGUCGCGCACGGACAGUCAUCGUGGUCCUCGCAAUCCUGGCCUUUUUGACGCGGAUCCCCAACUUCUUCGACUUCAAGUUCUUUACCGUGACCGUGAAAGGCAGGCAGAUCAUCACCAUCAACUGGAUAAGCGAUGCGUACGACACAGGCCUGUAUUCGUGGAUCGUCGACGGAAUCCUCACGGCCAUACUGCCGUUCAGCAUCCUCCUCGUUCUCAACCUUAGACUGAUCCUCGAGAUCCGCAAGUCAAGCCGAUACCUCCGGUAUCACCUCGCGGUCGGCUGCUCGCUGCAGUCUGUCAUAUCAACGGAGCAGAUGAAGAUCACGCUCAUGCUGUUGGCCAUCAUCGUGGCCUUCUUCCUCUGCCAGGGGCCGUACGUCGUCUACAACGCCAUGAUGGCCUACAACUACAUCAUCUGCUUCGACUCGUCCAUCAACACCUACUGGUUCAUCGUGUUCAAGCUGGUUGGAAAGAUCCUCCUCGCUCUGAAGUCGUCGUGCAACUUCGUGCUCUACUGCUGGCUCAGCGAGAAGUUCUGGAGCACCUUCAAGAGGAUCUUCUGCCUCCGGUACUGCCUGCCAACGAAGCAGAUGCCCAAACGCAACGGGACCAUCAGCCAGAACAACACCCACCGGCCAUCCUACCUGAUCACCAGGGAGACCACGUGUUAGGCGAAUUCAGUGUAUUGUAUUAUUAGAUUUAGAAAUAUUAUCACCUGUAGUUCAACGUUUUAUGUAUUUCAAAAUGAAAACUGCAGACAAUAGUAAAGGGAAAAUGGGGUGUAGUGGUGCUAGCGGUGGGUUAUGUAUCAAAAUUAUCCUUUUGAUGAAGUAAAAUAUGUCUGUAAGGUAAUGAAUUAUGGACUACUAACCCUAAUAUUAUCAAUAAUUUUAUUUUGA